AUGUCAACAACGUAUUCUUUACCAAUAGGACAAAACCCAACAAAAAAAGUAUUUCAUACUGUUGAUAUUCAAGAUGAACUUGAUCCCGUGGAUUUAGCAAUUCUUACACUUUUGCAACAAAAAUAUUCACUUACAAUCAUUUUUCCAGAUAAUAAAGCCAUACCACCACCACCACCUGAAUUGAAGCAACUAGUCGAUUAUUUUAUUAAUAGAAAGCAAAAUAAACAAAAUUCAAAUUCACAAAGUUUUUCUAAAACUGAUUUGGAAAAGUCGUCUUAUACUCAUGUAAAUACACCUCAAGAUUCUUUGAUUAGUUUUGAUGAUAAUACCAAUGUCCAUGAAUUUACGCCUAAAUCACAACAAACCAAUAAAUAUAAUGAUGAUGAAAUUUUUGGUUUGGCUAAAAGACCUCCUAUUAUAAAUACUAUAAAUAAUCAUACACCUGUCUCCGUCAAUUCAAGUCAUGAUAAACCGUUGAAAGAUUUAAUAUCGAAUAACAAUGUUCCUCAACAACUGGUUAUAAAAAGUCCAAUAAAUGAUAAUUAUGUAACUCCAUCAAUAAAUUCAUCUUUUACUGUUGAACCACAAAAAGAAAGCAAUUAUCCGGCAGAGACUGUCAGCAAUCAAGGUUAUUGGAAUGAAAAUGAUUCAAAUCAAGUGGAUUGGACAGGGUCAAUUGGACAAAAGGAAAAUACAAAUAGUGCUCUGAAAAAAGGAAGAAUCGAUUUUAAUCCAAUUUAUCAUGACCGGAGCAAAGUGAUUAAUGAUGAGUUCAAUGGCGUGACAAAACAAGAUACUAAUGACAAAUUAAUGAUUUGGUAUGCUGCACCAGAUGAAACCUUUCAAUCUAUGGAGCGUAAAUUCAGAGAAUCAAAAUGUAACGUGAGAAUAAUAGCUUUGGAUCGAGGGGAAGUUCCUGCUGAUAAAACUUUAGUUGAUAUUCAAGGUCAUGUAGGUAAAAAAUAUUUUGCACAUAUAAUGAUUGGGCCACCAGCUUGUAUUCCAAUUGAUUGUGGACAAAUAGCUCAAGGUGACGGAGAAAAUAAUUCAUGGUUAGCCGAUGCAGGCUUUUUGAAAGAUAAAAAUUCUAUUGAAAUGUGUAUUACUUGUAAUAAAAGCGGGCACAGUUCAAACAAUUGUCCUAAAAUAAAAAAGGAAAGCAAUCAAGAAUCAUUUACAUCAUUAUCAUGCCAGAGUUGUGGUUCAACAGGACAUACCACUAAAUCUUUGAUGACACGUCAAGAUCUAAUUCUGAAAGAAAAAGCAGCAACUACUUGGGGAGAAACUGCUAACUUGGAUAAUGUUGCGGUUUGGUGGAAAUAA